UUGUAAAGAAACUUUUUGGAUUUAAUAUACAUUGCAACAUAUUAAACGUCAUAAUAUUAUAUGUUCAAAUACAGAAAAAUAUUAUAAAACAUAUAAAACAAAGGAAGUGCUGUCAUGUCUCACAGUGUUGGUGUUUGAAAUGUGUGUGAUUUUUUUUAUGUAACAAAAUUAUUGGUUGGACAGCCAAAUGGUAAUGGGUUUCAGCAGCGGCAUGGAGGGGGACGAGGACAAGAAGAAGCUGAACGAUGACCUGGUGGUCUUCAUGCGCAAGCGCAGCGGCACCGAGGCGCCGCGGUACUCCGCUCGACUGCACGCGUACGUCGAUUUACAGCGCAAGCGCAGUCGAGCGGUGGCCGCGCGGCGACGUUCUGAACAUUUUUAUCAAAGGCCAUUGGCCUCAAGAAAGAAGAUAGAUAAUGAACAGAAAGAGAAAACUAUAGAUAACUCGUUAGUUGACAAUCUUAGAAUGGACGACGAACAAAUGGCAAAAAGACGUGGCGAGAAAGAACAGGGUCGUACCGGGUUCUUCUCAAGGACCCGAUCUGAACCGUCAGACCGAUGCAGCCGCCGAAGGAGACGACGGCGACGGAGUCGUUGUGGCAGACGUCGUCGCAGGAGUUGCCGUCGACGACGACGUCGUAGCUGUCGCUGUCGCCGUCGCCGCAGUCGGAGUCGCAGGCGUCGUAGACGCAGUUGCCGUUGUAGAAGACGUCGCCGCUACCGUCGCUAGUCUUUGUAUUGUCCAAGUCUCCCCAUUUCCUAGCGUAGUGAUUGCAUCUCACCUCUCAGAUAGAGUUCAAAAUCCCAUGUCAUAGAUAAGAACAAAAGGCGGUUUUCACAUAGCCCAAUAGUUCAACUAACAUCAUCAAAGAAUCUCACUUAGUCUAUAGCUGCCUUUACAAGAGACGUUCUUUCACGCGCAUCAGGAACACGUGCGAUUUAGCGUGGGAAAGACAGCGCGCACAAUAGUGAGUGAUUGCAUAUCUCACCUCUCUGAUAGAGUUACAACAUAAAAGCAAGUUAUCGAUAAUUUUCAAAAUCCUAUGUGAUAUAUAAGAACCAAAGACUUGCCAUAACAUAGCUCAAUAGUUCAACUACAUCAUGAUCAGGGAAAAUCUCUUCUAAGUCUAUAACUGCCUUUUAAUUAAUAUCA